AUGGGUCCUAUGUCUAAAAAGCGGAAGGUGGCCCCAAAAGUCGAGGAAGUCAAUUUCGACGGCGAGGCCCGCCAAGAAUGGCUCACUGGUUUUCACAAACGAAAGCUGCAGCGCAUCAAGAAUGCGCAAGAAGCAGCCGAAAAGAGAUACAAAGAGGAGAAGAGACAGGAUCGCAAGAGGAUGCGUGAAGAGCGGGCAGCCGAGUUCAACCGAGCAAUGGAGGAGCACAAACUACAACUGAAGCGCCUGAAAGAGGAAGACAAGAGCGACAACGAUCCCGAUUCCGACGAGGAUGAAAGUGACAAGGAAUGGGAGGGUAUUGAGGAGCCACCGGCCGUGGACUACGAGGCCGAAUAUAUCGACGAAGACAAAUACACAACCGUGACGGUCGAAGAAAUGGACCCCUCUCGAGAAGGCCUGCGCAAGUCCGUGCUAGGAGAAGACUCGGAGGAGGAAAAGGAGGAGCCAGCCAAACCGACAACCCAAACCGAGGAAAAGCCGAAGAAGACUUGGAAGAAAUCCACGGACAAGCCCAAGAAGAAGAAAAAGCAGUUCCGGUACGAGAGCAAGCAGGACCGCAAGCUUACUCUGGCCAAACAACGCCUAAGCAAGUCCAAGAAGGCAGCGGCUCGAAGAGAGCAGUGA